UUGAGCGGAAGGCCCACCUCGGAGGAGUAAACAAAAAAAGAAAAGACGUGCACAUUUUUUGAUUUCUGUCUUGUCUCCAGAUUUAUUAAAGCCUGCUUUUGACUGCGGCACGAUGGCAGAUGAUAGUGAAUUGGAGAAGCAUGCAAUAGAGGAGCUGCUGAGGGAGACUGACAGGGCUCGGGUGAGAGCUGAGACCAUGGGCCCUGCAGGAUGGAUGAAGUGUCCCCUGCGGAGCACCAACAAGCGCUUUCUCCUCAACACACUGCGCUCCACGGGCCUGCAGCGCCGCCCCAGUGGGCCCGCGGCAGGAGAGCCCACCACAAGGGGGCGCCCGAGAAGUGUGUCCCAGAGCCGGGACAGCAGGAGCCGCAACAGAACACCCCCCAGACAUCACAGAGCUAAUGGAGGCCACACAGACUAUAAAUAUCACCACAGGGACAGCGGCAGUAAGGGUGAUAAGAGACACGACAGAGACAAAGGAAAACGAGAAGACAACAAGGAGCAGAGGCACAGGAAACACAGCCACGACAGAGACAGUGACACACACAGACUGAACAGAGGCGGUUCACCAGGUGAGGGCCGCUCCCUGUCCGGCCGCCAGCACAGCGCGGGCUCCUCCCACAGCUGCAGUCCGCCCGCCCCGCGCAGGAGCCGCUCACGUUCACCCGCUGGGGACGCGCAUGAUAGAAGGAGGAAAUGACUUGACUGACAUUGCUUUGCUUUUUAAUGCAAAGGUGCUGGUGCUUCCUGUGGAUUUUCUUGUGAGGAAGAAAAAUGGGGGUGUCUUUCCAGAGAGUCAGGGAAGUGAACAGACUGACCUGAUCUGAGGAACAUAACUAGUUGUCAGAUGUAGUUUUUAUUUAAAGUAUAGGCCAUUUUUUUCUUUUUGGACUGCGACAUGUUACUCAUAAGAUGUGACACAAUGUCUGCCCAAAAAAUAGCCCAUAUGUUCUUCUGCAACAAGUGAUAGUUUUUUAUUACUUCAGAGAGGACUUUUUUUUUUGUUGCAAACCAUGUUGCACUUAUUGUUGCGGUUAGCUUCAUUGAGGUAUCAUCCUAUUAAAUUGUUUUUGUAACAAAUGGCAAAGAUAAAUUCCCCCCUGUCAAAAUAUUUCCUCUUUCAUUUAAAGGUUUCCACAUAAUGUCAAAUCAUAUAGACCUCUGACAAAACAUUAUGAACGACCCAAAGCAGGCUGCACUUUCAUUUUUGAUUUAGUUGAGGAGGAUUUGAUCGUGGUUGGGGUAGGGGGUAAUUUACAAAUUUCUCUCACAUUUUGUGAUUAAUGGUUUGGUGUUACACCUAGAGGAGGUUUGAUUUCAAUUAUAAUGUCAUUAGCAUUCUUCUGUCAUUGCUCACUGUUUGCAAUGUUUACAUAAGCCUUGCUGUCGCCACUGGGUAAGCACAUUUUAUCGUGUCUCCAACUUUUUGACAUGUUUAUACCAGCUAUCAGAAACGUCUUUGUUUGUGAAAGGAAAAGAAUAGCCAUGUUUCCCUGACACUCCUACUGGCUCCUGACAUUUCUUGAAUGCGGCAGCGUGGCCUUCAUCGUGCAAUUCUGUACGAAUCAAUCUCAUAACAACAAAAACAACAAUAGGUAGUCAUAAUUUAUGGUAGUUAUAAAUUAAGAGAUAAAGUUUUACCAAUA